CGCCUCUUCUCCUCCCCCCUCCGCCUCUCACUCCCUCUAGCAUCUGGUUCGGAGAGCUCUCUUGAAGCCUCGAGACCCGCCUUGCCUCUGCUCUGCUCCAACGGCUCUGCCGCCGCGCUAGCUGUUGCAUUGCAGCCCGCGAGCCUUGAGCUUAUAGCUAGCUCGUUCUUCACCACAGUCCCGAGACAUGGAGUUCGAAGACCGCUGCCACAAGUUCGACUGCCUGCUCUUCGACCUCGACGACACUCUGUACCCGCUGAGCUCUGGGAUCGCAGGCCAUGUCAAGAAGAACAUUGAAGAUUACAUGGUUGAGAAGCUGGGUAUUGAUGAGAGCAAGAUCGAGAACCUGGGGAAUCUGCUGUACAGGAACUACGGCACCACGAUGGCCGGCCUCAGGGCGAUCGGUUACAGUUUCGAUUACGAUGAGUACCACGCCUUCGUCCAUGGCAGGCUGCCCUACGACAACAUCAAGCCCGACCCUGUUCUGAAGCACAUUCUCAAGAACCUGCGCAUCCGCAAGCUCAUAUUCACUAACGGCGACAAGGUCCACGCCCUGCGAGCCCUCAAGAGGCUGGGCCUGGAGGACUGCUUCGAGGGGAUCAUCUGCUUCGAGACCCUGAACCCGCCGUGCCCGCCGCAGGGAGAGCAGAAGCCCGAGAUCUUCGACAUCGCCGGCCACUUCGCCCGGUCCGGCACCGCCGGCGAGCUCCCCAAGACCCCCGUCCUGUGCAAGCCCAACGUCGACGCCAUGGAGGAGGCGCUCAGGAUCGCCAACGUCAACCCCCACAAGGCGAUUUUCUUCGACGACAGCGUGCGCAACAUCCAGGCCGGGAAGCAGAUCGGCCUCCACACCGUGCUGGUGGGCAAGUCGCAGCGGGUGAAGGGCGCGGACCACGCUCUGGAGAGCAUCCACAACAUCAGGGAGGCGCUGCCGGGGCUGUGGGAGGAGGCCGAGAAGGCGGAGGACGUGCUCUACGCCGACCGCGUGGCGAUCGAGACCUCCGUCACGGCGUAAAUGCCCAGACUCCUUCCGGUGCACCGUCAGCCGAACUUUCUCGACAUCCGGGGCCGCAGCGAUCACACAUCACAAACCCGAGCCAGGGCUGGGUGAUCUCACGGUUGGGAACAGCGAUGGCCGGGCCGGGAAUUUCCGACAACAGGAGGGGUGCAGCAUGUAAUGGGGGAACAGAUGAGAUCAUGUUGGGAUGGUCCUAUAGUAUAUAUAUACAUAUAUGUAUCGGCCAGACCUUUGCUUGUAAAUUACCAGUAGAAGUAAUAAUAAUAAGAGAAAUGGAGUUUACUUGUUCG